GCUUCGGAGUCUCGCUUCAAGCGCAGCCUGCCUUUUCCCUGUUGAGAUUAAAUUCCCCUGGGCUUCGAUUGCUCAGCUCCCUCUGACAGAUCGCCGCAUGUUUCUGACGAGGAGCGAGUACGAUCGCGGCGUGAGCACCUUCUCGCCCGAGGGACGGCUGUUCCAAGUGGAGUAUGCCAUCGAGGCCAUCAAGCUCGGGUCAACAGCGGUGGGCAUUCAGACCAAGGAGGGAGUGGUGCUGGCAGUGGAGAAGAGAAUAACCUCGCCGCUGCUGGAGCCUCGCAGUGUGGAGAAGAUAAUGGAGGUGGAUUCGCACAUAGGCGCUGCGAUGAGUGGGCUCACGGCCGAUGCCCGCACUCUCAUCCACCACGGCCGCAUUCAAACUCAGUCGCACCGCUUCUCGUACAACGAGCCCAUGCUGGUGGAGUCGUGCACCCAGUCGCUGUGCGACCUGGCACUCAAGUUCGGAGAGGGGGAUGACGACAGCAUGGGCGGUGUGGUGGGGCAGCAGACAGACAGUGCCAGAGGUUGUGCUUGUGGAGUUGUGUACCCAGGCGAUCUGUGACCUGGCACUCAAGUUUGGAGAGGGGGAUGAUGGCAGCAUGUGGUGAGUGAAGGGGUGACGGUGGUAGCAUGGUGGGGGGUAUUGUGGCUUGCGAGCGAGGUGACUUGGCAGCCAUUCAGUCGCUUUGUGACCUGGCACUCAAGUUCGGAGAGGGGGACAAUGACAGCAUGGUGAGUGGGUUGGCAGUGACACCUGUGGGUGGUGGUGGGGUUACGGCAGUAUGGAGAGUGAAGGGCCGUGUUGGUGAUUCGUGCACUUAGUUGCUCUGCAACCUCGCAUUGAAGUUUGGAGAGGGGGACGACGAUGAUGAUGAUGAUGAUGAUGAUGAUGAUAUGAUGAUGAUGAUGAUGAUGAUGAUGAUGAUGAUGAUGAUGAUGAUGAUGAUGAUGAUGAUGAUGAUGAUGAUGAUGAUGAUGAUGAUGAUGAUGAUGAUGAUGAUGAUGAUGAUGAUGAUGAUGAUGAUGAUGAUAUGAUGAUGAUGAUGAUGAUGAUGAUGAUGAUGAUGAUGAUGAUGAUGAUGAUGAUGAUGAUGAUGAUGAUGAUGAUGAUGAUGAUGAUGAUGAUGAUGAUGAUGAUGAUGAUGAUGUGUGAUAGUGUGGUUUGUGAGUCGACUGAGAAGGCACUUCGUCUCUCUGCGACCUUGCACUCAAGUUCGGAGAGGGGGAUGAUGGCAGCAUG